GCGGUUAUGAUCAAAUAGCGCGGGCAGCGUAUACACGCGUUCGCGAAACUCGUGCGCGAAAACGCGUCGCGAUCUUGAAUAAUAAAACUGACUAUUAAUAAAAACAAUACUCUAAAAUUUUAAUAAAAUAAUUAGAAUAAAGCAUUGCUAAAAACAGUGUGAGUAUUAAAAAUUGGGUUUUUAUUUAGUUUGACAGUUUAAUAGGUAUAACAUUGAGUGACAUUAUAACUCAGUUUUUGUGUAAUUUGUGAUAGUGUAAUAUUUAUCUAAAUAUCUUGUGAGGAUGUUUUGACAGUGUACAAAAAUUAGAUCAGAUUCAAGACGGAAAACUAUGUGGUUAAGGAUAGCAUCGGAUGACAGUCAUAUUAUGAUCCGUUUCAACAAAGUAAAGGCCACACAUAAUACGAUUUUCCGGUAGUCUACAAAGUUGACCCAGUAAAAUGGCGGACACCAGAUUCACUGUUUCCACCGUGGACUCAGAGUGUAAGAAGAAUGGCAUCCAUAUGGGCGCUAGUAUCAUCUCCAGACCUUUACGCUCUUCAGUGGAGACGGUCGAAAGAGGAGAUCCCAAUCCUCAACCAGAAACAUGGCUCCACGAUGCCGGGUGGAGGAGAAAACGGUCGCUGGCACAACUUACAAGGGAAGCGUUGCCUAGAAUGGAAAACUACAGAAAUUCUAGGAGAGCUCUCAAAAGGCCGAGCUUGGGAGAACUCCAUGGGGAUCAUUUAAUCACUGAAGAGGAUGAGAAACAAAACGAGAGGGACACUAAAUCUCCAACACCAGCCGUGGGCAUCAAAUUAGGAUGGAUUCAAGGUGUGCUGAUACCAUGCCUGCUGAACAUCUGGGGCGUGAUGCUGUUCCUGCGCAUCUCGUGGGUGGUGGGGCAGGCGGGCGUGGGGCUCACGCUCGUCAUCAUCGGCAUCUCCGCCGUCGUGUGCGUCAUCACCACGCUCUCCAUGAGCGCGAUUUGCACCAACGGGGAGGUGAAGGGAGGUGGUAUAUACUACAUAAUAUCGAGGUCUCUCGGCCCGGAGUUCGGUGCGUCUGUCGGCAUCAUAUUCGCGUUCGCAAACGCCGUCGCCGCCAGUAUGAACACAAUCGGGUUCUGCGAUUCCCUGAACGACCUACUGAGGACGCAGGGAACAUAUAUUAUUGACAACAGUGUCAAUGACGUCAGGAUAGUGGGCACAGUGGCGCUUAUCGUCAUGUGUGUUAUUUGUGCUGUCGGCAUGGAUUGGGAAAGUAAGGCGCAGAACUUCUUGGUGGCGAUCAUUGUCGGCGCCAUGGUCGACUUCGUAGUUGGCACCUUGAUGGGCCCAAAAGAUCUGGAAGAAGUAGCGCAUGGAUUUGUUGGAAUAUCAACGGACACGUACGCUGCAAACUUUGGACCCGACUUCAGGAUAAGCGAGGGUAUACAGCAAAACUUCUUCAGCGUGUUCGCGAUAUACUUCCCCUCAGUGACUGGCAUUCAGGCGGGUGCCAACAUCUCCGGGGAUCUUAAGGAUCCAGCCUCAGCGAUUCCCAAGGGCACUCUACUCGCCUUGCUGAUAUCAGUAAUAAGUUACGCUGUCAUGGUGCUAUUCUCCGGCGGAGGGGCGCUGAGGCAAGCCAGCGGGAACUUUUCUGACCUCGUUCUUGCAAAUGGCACCCUUGUGGAUUACAGCGGUGUUUCUAAUUGCGUGAACACUACAGCUGGCUGUCAAUUUGGGCUUCAUAACAGCUAUUCUGUAAUGCAGCUUAUGUCCGCGUGGGGUCCCUUCAUCUACGCGGGAUGCUGGGCCGCAACUCUCUCGACAGCUCUGACGAACCUGCUGUCAGUGCCUCGCCUGAUUCAGGCGCUGGGCCGCGACCGCAUCUACCCCGGCCUCAUCUUCUUCUCGAAGCCCUACGGCCGACACGGGGAGCCCUACCGCGGAUACGUGCUCACGUUCUUCGUCUCACUCAUCUUUUUGCUUAUUGCGGAACUUAACACCAUCGCGCCUCUCAUCUCUAACUUCUACCUGGCAUCAUAUGCGCUCAUCAACUACUGCACCUUUCAUGCAGCACUCGUGCGUCCCCUGGGUUGGCGGCCUACUUUCAGGUUCUACAACGUGUGGUUGUCUCUGGCCGGCUUCUUAAUCUGCGUUGCCAUUAUGCUUCUCAUCAGUUGGCAAACGUCCUUAGUCACCUUCGCUAUCUUCUUUACGCUCUACCUUAUUGUCCACUACCGGAAACCUGAUGUCAAUUGGGGUAGCAGUACUCAAGCCCAAACAUACAAGACAGCAUUGUCCAGUGCUCACAACUUGGCACGGACGGGUGAACACGUGAAGAACUAUUGGCCACAAUUGCUAGUACUGGCUGGGAAACCUCAGGACAGGCCUGCUCUUGUGGAUCUGGGAAAUCUGAUUACGAAAUCUGGAUCACUUAUGGUUGUGGGAGAUAUUUCACAACAAAAACUUACGUACAAAGAGCGUGCGCACCGAAGACGCUUAGGAGACGAGUGGUUACACUGCCGUAAAGUGCGCGCAUUCUGUACUGGCGUCAAUGGGUUUAGCUUCGAGAACGGCGCUCGAGCUCUCAUGCAGGCCACUGGCGUGGGAAGACUGGCGCCCAAUGUAUUGCUUAUGGGUUACAAGGCUGACUGGGCCACGGCGCCGUCAGCUGAUCUGGAGUCCUACUUUAAUGUUUUGCACACCGCAUUUGAGACGCGUCUAGCCGUGGCAAUAGUGCGAGUGGCUGGCGGGCUUGACUACGGAGUGAUGGGUGAAGAGGUCGGAAGCAGUGGACUGACUGCUACGUCUAGCAGCGGAGACCUUCGAGUACGAGCGCCAAUCAUGCACGCUGAUUCCGAUCUGGACAUCCGCGCGACUGCUGACUCGCAGCCCUCCAGUAGAAAUAACCUCAAUUUGUUGACACUUACAACUUCAAGAUCAUUUACGAUAUCCGAAAAAAGCGAUAACAAAGACAAGAAAAAGAACAAAAAAGGAAUGGACAUGCACCGGCAGGUGGUGUACAAAUCCGCUUCAGGAAUGGAAGUUUCAAUGGAGCAACUAUCUAAUAUGACGAUAUUCAAGAGGAAACAGGAAGCCGGUACUGUAGACGUGUGGUGGUUGUACGACGAUGGUGGGCUGACCAUCCUACUGCCCUACAUCAUUUCGCAACGCUCGUCGUGGGCGCGGUGCAAGCUGCGUGUCUUCGCGCUGGCUAACCGACGCCACGAGCUGGAAUUGGAAGAAAGGAAUAUGGCUAAUUUACUUGGCAAAUUCCGAAUAGACUACUCGUCACUGACGAUGGUGCAGGACAUCACGGAACCACCGAAACCUGAAACUAAGAAAAUGUUUGACGACCUUAUCAAGAAAUUUACUGAUCAAACUGGAGAAUCGAGCAUCAGUCAAACGGAGUUGACCACGCUCGCGGAAAAGACGAACAGACAACUUCGUUUGCGAGAGUUACUGCUGGCGAACUCCUCGGAAGCUCGCCUGGUGGUCAUGUCGCUGCCCAUGCCGAGGAAGGGCUCGGUCUCAGCGCCGCUGUACAUGUCUUGGCUGGAGAUGAUGAGCCGGGACCUGCCUCCGAUCCUCUUCGUUCGCGGCAACCACACCUCCGUGCUAACUUUCUACUCCUAAGUUUACCAUCGUAAACCUAACUUUGCAAAAGCUUAUAUUGAACUUUAUAUUGUAGGUACAGACUACAUACAAAAAAAACCAGGUUCAGCUAGGUUUUUAGUAACCUAGCUGAACCUGGCUACACAGCGCCAUAAUAAUAGUAAAAAAUGGUAAAAUAUCACAUACUAUCAUAUUAUUGGUACUAAACGCGUUUUUUACAUAAAGUUGCGGGAUCAUUUGUUUCUCGACAUUUUUGAGUGAGCGUUUAAAUUGUCACCUUUUACAUAGUAGGUACAAUUUAUAGAAAAAAUUGUGUCGAUCGACUCCAUGUUUUACUGAUACGAUUUGAUAGUGUUUAGUUAACAUAGUUUUAAACAAAAUAUCUAGAGACAAACUAACAAUUAGAUACUUAUUUAAGUGAACUUAAUUAGUCUGAAGUACAAUCUUUUAUUUAUUCGAAUAUUAUACUGAUAUGAAUUUAAUUUACGCUAAGGUACAGGCAGAUUCUCAAAAUGAGGUACAAAAUGUACACUAUGUGGAGAGAAGAAAAAUAAACAAUCGAUCGUUAACAAGAUUUUUUUUGUGUUGUAGUUAAAUUAGGUAUUACGAACAAAAUAGAUUUAGUGUGUAUUUAGUCUAAUUUAUAAUUUAUUCGAAUAUUGAAGUGAUAUGAAUUGGAAUUAAUUACCUUCAUUACAAUUAGAUCCAUAACUGAAAAAUAUUUUUGAUCUAA